AUAGUUUAAUUCGUGUAGUUAGUUAUUCGCUGAGAUUCAUACCAUGAAUACUCCCAAUUUCUUAAUCCUAGCAAUCUUUUCGUGUCUUUUCCUCCUUUUUUCAAGCCAAAUCAAUGCAGAAUCAGAUUUGAUCAAACAGGUAUGCAGCCAGACAACCAACCCCAACUUCUGCACCACCACUCUUGUAUCCAACCCAAAAGCCGCCUCCGCAACCGACUUUGUUAACUUAUGCAAGGCUGCUCUAGAGAUAGCCAUUGCUAGUGCAACUGACGCACUUUCUUACGUAAAGACUGCAUUGGCCAACAAUCCCAAGCCAGAGUUGAAGGACGCUCUGGGAACUUGCGUGGAAGGAUACGACAAUGCCCAGAAGUCUUUUGUGUCUUCACAUGCAGGAAUAGAAGAGGAUCCAUUGACGGCCAAUUAUGACGCCAAAGUGGCUGGGGAUGGUUACGUAUCCUGUGCAGAGGCUUUGGCGAAAGCUAAAGUUCCUGAUGAACAAAUUUCGGCUAAAAACAAAGUUGGAAUGGAUAUUGUCUCCAUUGCCGAUUCAGCCACAAGUAAGCUCCCGAAUUGAACAAGUAGUCUACAACACAGUUUUCAUUUGCCAAUUGUAAUAAUAAAAUGAAAUAAUCUUA